AUGGAUGAAAAAAUCAACCCGGCCAACCCCCCUCACUAUGAGGAAGUGGUCGAUACUAAGAAAGAGGUUCCUAAGAAAGAGCUAGAUGAGGCCGACAACCCUGAUGCGCCUGAGCGUCGCCAGGCCAUCGGUAUCAACAUUGUUCAGAAUCCGUUGAUGCGCAGCUCCAAAGAGCAAGCCAUUAUCGAUGCCCGAGCCUACGCUGAGUCGCACAAUAUGGCGGAGUACGCCGACCUAUUUGGUCGGGCUGCUGUGGUUGCGCGGAACCCUCAAGACUUCCUGUCAGCUGAUGAGCUUGAUGACGAGGAGCGCACCGCGCUCGAGUACGAGAGAGACCAUAAAUGGCACGGCCCGUGGAUGCUCUGGUACGCAAUUGGUCUGUGUGCUGUUGGAGCUGCCACACAAGGAUGGGAUCAGACUGGAUCCAACGGUGCCAAUUUAUCCUUCCCGAAGGACUUCGGCAUUGACGGUGAAGGCACAGAUGAGUGGAUCGUGGGAAUUGUCAACUCCAUCAUCUUCUUGACCGCUGGUCUGAUUGGCGCUUGGAUUGUCGAUCCACUCAACAAAUAUCUAGGUCGAAGAGGCGAAAUUUUCGUGACUGCUCUCUGUCUCACUGCCACGCCAAUUGGCUCUGCCUUUACACGGACAUGGCAAGAACUGUUCGCUGCACGGUUUAUAAUGGGUAUUGGUAUCGGUGCAAAGAAUGCUACCGUGCCCAUCUAUUCGGCUGAGAUGGCCCCAGCUAGAGUUCGAGGUGCUCUUGUUAUGUUCUGGCAACUUUGGGUCGUAGCGGGUAUUUUCUUGGGCUUUGCCGCCAACGUUAUUGUCAAAGACGUCCCAAAGAUCGCUUGGCGUCUUCAACUCGGCUCCGCCUUUAUUCCAUCAUUGGUUCUCGCCGUUGGAAUCCUUUUCUGUCCUGAGUCUCCUCGCUGGCUUAUGAAGCAUAAUAAGCACGCUGCGGCAUUCCAGUCGAUGUUGCGCUUGCGAGCUCAUCCAAUUAUCGCUGCGAGAGAUUACUAUUAUUCAUACGUUAUCUACGAAGAAGAACUCAAGGAAGCUCGGGGCGCAGGUUAUUUCUCCCGUCUGUGGGACUGCUUUGCUGUCCCCAGAAUCAGACGGGCCAACUAUGGUGCCUCGACUGUCAUGAUUGCGCAGCAAAUGUGCGGUAUCAACAUUAUCUCCUUCUACAGCUCAUCCAUCUUCCUGGAUGCCAAAUUCACACAAGAUCAAGCCUUGUAUGCGUCUCUUGGCUACGGUGCUAUCCAGGUCGUGGCCACCAUCCCUACUUUAUUCCUGAUCGACACCAAAGGCCGAAGAACACUAACUUUGAUUACAUUCCCCUUGAUGUGCGUCUUCCUGCUAGCCGCUGGUCUCUCUCUUUUGAACAAGACAGAGAGCCAGGCCGGGAUGAUUGCACCAGUUGCCUUGUUUGUGUAUCUGUUUACUAUUGCCUACUCCUUAGGGGAAGGACCAGUCGCUUUCCAAUACUCUGCUGAGGUAUUCCCUACUAUUCAGCGAGAACAAGGAAUGGCGUGGGCUGUUUGUAUCAACAACACCUUUGCUGGUAUUCUUGGUCUAACCUUCCCUCGAAUGAAGAAUGUGAUGACCCAAACGGGUGCUUUUGGCUUCUACGCCGGUCUUAACCUCAUCGCUUGGGCUAUGAUUUUCUGCUUUGUCAGGGAGACCAAGCAGCUGACUCUAGAAGAAUUGGAUCAGGUCUUCGCGGUGCCGACCAAGAGCUUCAUUCACCACGAAUUGACUGUGUGGCUUCCUUGGUGGUUCAAGCGAUAUAUCUUGAGAAAGAACAUUGCCCGGCCACCACCCAUCAUUGCACUGGGCGAUCGGGUCAGAUAA